AUGAAGUCAUUCACUCCCCUCAUCGCCUUUCUGGCAAGUUUCGCCGUCGCAUCUCCAUGGCCAUCGCUCUUCAGUCGCGCUCUUGACAAACGACAAGCUGGACGAUGCGGGACUGGCUUUGGAACCGUCUGCGGACCAAAUGAAUGCUGUUCCAGCGCUGGAUGGUGCGGAACUGGUUAUCUUUACUGCUCUGCUCCCUCAUGUCAGAUCGAGUAUGGUCCUGGCUGCGACGCAAACGUUCGGCCCAAUGGCCCUGAUACCACGAGCGUAGCUCGUCCGAAAGUUGGGAGUAUUCCGUAUGGUCAAGCUAUUUAUCGGUGUAACCGCAAUGGCGACAUUGCGUUGACGUAUGAUGAUGGACCGUAUACUUACACCGAAGACCUUCUCGAUCUCCUCCAGCGAUAUAAUGCUAAAGCGACAUUCUACAUCACCGGUCGCAACCUCGGAAAAGGCGCUAUCAAUGACCCCGAUACACCAUGGCCAGGUCUCAUUCGGCGCAUGGUUCGGGACGGCCAUCAGAUCGCCAGUCACACAUGGUCCCAUCAACGUCUCACAACGUUGAGCCGCUUUAAAUUCUGGAACCAGAUGAUUUACAACGAGAUUGCCUUUGCUGAUAUUCUCGGCUACUUCCCAACCUACAUGCGUCCUCCGUACUCUGCCAGCAACACCACUACAGAUGCGUGGCUGAAUGAGCUCGGGUACCAUAUCACGUACUUUAAUCUGGAUACAGAAGGAUAUCUACACGAUAGUCCAAACAUGAUCAGCACAUCCAAGCAAAUCUGGGAUAACACCGUCGAGGGUACAAGUCCAGCUACCAACAAAUGGCUUCACAUCGAGCACGAUCCCGUAUAUCAGACCGUCUACAACCUCACGGAAUACAUGCUCCGCUCCAUCAGGCGCAACAACUUCACUGCCGUAACAGUAGGUCAAUGUCUCCAAGACGCCCCCUCAAACUGGUAUCGCACCGUAUCGUCGUCUCCCUCGCCCACAUCAACAUCCUCAUCAUCCCCCACAUUCCCCGCUACUACGAACGGCCGCUGCGGCUCACGACACGGCGGCGCAACAUGUCGCGGGGAGCCCAACGGCGAGACGUGCUGUUCGCAGAACGGCUGUGGAGGAGGAGGAUGUAAUAUUAUUCCCGAGUAA